CCUUGUCCCAGCUCUAUAAGGUGUUGAUCUAAGAGGGACCAGUCACUGUAAUCUUAUAUACUGAACUAGUGAGAAGUGCCAACAAACCUUUGUGUCUGUGUUACAGGGUCACCACCAUAGGAAAGGCGACGUGGCGGUGAAAGUGGUCAACAUCACGCGGGUAACGUAUCUUUAUAGUUCUGCUCUCCCUCUCCUUCCCUUGUGUGGGGCCCUGUGGGAGCUGAACUCUUUUCUCUUAUUCUCCCUCAGGACGAAGAGUCCGUUAGGAGAGAACUCCACUUCCUCCAGACUUUCACCGCCCAUAAGAACAUGGCCUCCUACUAUGGCGCCUAUUACAGAGCCCCGCCCACAGAUAGGUCGUGCGAGCUGCUUGAGAUAGUCCUGCAGUACUGUGGGGGUGGCUCCUUGCAGAACCUCAUAGAGACCACCGAGGGCCGAUCCUUACCCGAGACCUGGAUCGGCUACAUCUGCAAGGAGACGCUGAAGGGCCUCAACCAUCUGCACAAGAGUCGGGUCAUACACAGAGACAUUAAAAGCUUGAACAUCAUGCUGACCGACCAGGCCAAAGUAAAACUGAUUGAUUUCGGUCUCUGUUUCCAACUGGACCCGACGGCCGGCAAGUGCAGCGAGUGCGAUGGAACGCCGCAUUGGAUGGCGCCCGAGGCCAUAAGCAUCCGGCGGAGCCCGGUGGCAUAUGACACCAAAAGCGACAUCUGGUCACUGGGCAUAACCGCCGUAGAAAUGUUCUCUGUAGAAAUGUCUCUUCUCCCAUUCAGCCAGCAUAAUAAUCAAAGUUCUGGAGAGCUUCAUUGACGGAGUCUGCUAUAGGCUCCGUUUGCCCGUAAGUAGGUAGAACAAGGUUUGAAUCAUAGCUUCGCACAUUGGGGAGGAAUGGCGGCCUCACUUGUUUAUUCAAGAGGUGUUCCCAGUUUAUUUUCUAUGAUACGGGAGAUGGAGUAAAUGAAUAGAACAGAAGGGAUUGUUAUUAUUAUUAUUAUU